AUGGGAUUGAAUAUUCUUUUCGUUUUGAGUGGUGUUUUAGAUGUGACACUUUUUCUCUUGAAGCAAGGAUUGGCUUUUCGUGGACAUGAUAAGGUUUUUAGGGCAGUUAAUCAAAAUGCUCCUGGAAACAAUCAAAUGAUUUCUCCAAAAGUUCAGAAGGAGUUAGCAAAUGCUUGUGCAGCGGAGAUUACAUGUGCUAUCAUUGAUGACGUUGGAGAUAACUAUUUCUCCCUUAUGAUUGAUGAAGCCAGAGAUGUGUUAGUGAAGAAGCAAAUGGGAGUUGUUUUGAGAUAUGUGAAUAAGAAUGGAUGUGUGAUAGAGCGGUUCCUCACUAUGGUUCAUGUGUCAGAUACCUCAUCCAUAUCAUUGAAGAAUGCCAUUGACUAUCUAUUUGCCAAACAUGGGUUAUCUCUUUCAAGACUGAGAGGAUAA